GCACUUGCAGUCAGUAAAACCUUUAUACACGAUGUUGACCAGCCUAUGGAUUCUACUUGCCCUAAGACUUGGCCCUAGCCUGAGCCUGAAAUAUAGCAGGAGAGACCAUCAGUCGGACACGGAAGUCAGUAAGUUCAUGAGGACCCUUGAUGUGAUACCAGAUGUAAUCCAGAUCGGGCCUCAGGAGUUCCUAAAUGUCACAUACCACGGCGAAGUAGCAGCACAUUGUGGAGAGUUGCUAGAGCCCAUGCAAGUACGCGAUGAACCAUCCUUAACAUGGCCCGCAGAACCGGAAAACUACUACACACUGCUGAUGGUUGAUCCGGACGUACCCAACGUCAUAACGCCCACACACCGGGAGUUCCUGCACUGGAUGGUGCUGAACAUACCCGGCAACAGACUGGCACUUGGCGAUGUGCGCGUGGGAUACAUGGGCGCCACUCCGCUGAGGGGAACCGGAACCCAUCGGUUUGUCUUCCUGCUCUACAAACAGAGGGAUUACACCAAGUUUGACUUCCCGAAGCUGCCCAAGCACUCGAUCAAGGGACGUAGUGGAUUCGAAACGAAACGCUUCGCAAAGAAAUAUAAAUUUAGGCAUCCAGUGGCUGGAAACUUCUUCACAGCCACCUGGACCGCCGAUGUUCCUGCCCUUACAAAGGUCAUCGCACUCGGCGCACGCAAGGCGGCGCAAACUUAAGUAAUGGUUUAGUUACUAAUAAAAUGUAACUAAAUUAAAAUGUACUCCGUUAAUUACCAUUUACCUUCAAUUUCUGUGCAACAAUCUUCGAAACCUUCGGUUCUAAUAUGACAAAACAAAUGACAACGUUAUUAGAUACCCGUCUCUCUGCUCAUUAUAAAUACCCAUGUAUCGUUCAUUUCCAUCGGGUAUUUUCGAGCUUCCACUAACACACCUCAUAUCGUGAACCUAGGUGGUACAAUUUUGUAAGCAGCAGAUUUCCUGUACAUAUUUACUAAAAUCUUAUAUAUAUCUUA